AGGGAGGGCGCGUGUCAUCCAAAUCAAAAUCAAGGAAGCUGAGAGCUGAAGAAAAUCAAUGGCGUCUCCGUCGACCAGGUGGCUUUCAUUCCACGGUUCUCUCUUUAUGCGAAGCCUCAGUCUACUUUCUUCGUCGCUGCCAAUAGCCUACUUUCCCCUACAAAACCCUAACGACAAGCUGUGUAGGAAGGUGAAGGUAAAGAGAUUAAUUUGCAGAGCGGAGUUUUCCCAGGACGCGCCGCUCGCAUCGGCUAUAGGCGCGUGCAUACUCAGUUCCUUUGUGUUUCCGGUGGCGAAGCGAGUUGAGGAUGAGGACGAAGAAGAGGAGAACUCAGCGAUAGUGUCAACAGAUAUGAGAAUAGCAGCCAUGGGAAUCAUCAGCUUCAUCCCUUACUUCAAUUGGCUGAGUUGGGUCUUCGCUUGGCUUGACACUGGGAAAACGCGUUACUCUGUCUAUGCUCUCGUUUAUCUCCUUCCCUAUCUCAGCUCAAACCUAUCUAUACCACGACCCAUAAAACCAAAACAUCCUGCCUGAAACACAACGCAUGUCUGACGUGGCGUGAAAUAGAGCUGAAUCCUCGCAUUACAGCCAGCACUGGCAUGUCAAGGCAUUGACUACAAGAC